UAUAUCUGUGGGAAAAUUUAUGGAUAAUUAUCCAUCCAAGGCACUGAUAAGCACUGGAAUCUACCCUGUAAGCACUAUGACAGGCUUAUGGGAAAAGUCUUUUUUUCAUAGAAAGAACAGCUUUGCUUACAUUGUCACACACCGUGUGUUCUUUGGCCUCGGAGUGCACUUGGCUUAAAACACACCAUUAUGUUCGUAAAACAAAUAUAAGAUUUAUACCGUUGGAAUUCCUUUUCCUCAUACUAUCUGAUGCCCCACGCCUUCAUGAGACCUCAGCUUUCAGAAACACAGGGUGGACCUAUGACUGAGCUACGGCUUGUUAUGACAAAUAGCUGCAGCAGAUAUCUGCAGUGGGUUCAUCAUUAUAUUUAUAGCAUGUUCAUAGCCCAUGCACUUACACCCUGGUUAGCUACAUUGUUAUAGUGUGACCAACCACAAUUUGUGCAUUUGUAGUGAUCCGUAGCAAAAACAGUAAACGCACAGAAAGUUCAUGCUCUAAUCAAGUUAUUAGUAUGAAUGGCUACUUCGAUGAACUGAUUGAGAGAAACUGAGUCAUAUGGGCAUGGUAUAUUUGUAAUAUAUCAUAGAGACCUUGAGAAAACACUUUUUCACCACCUCAUUCUGUUACUCUUUGCAAAUUACUGUUUGCUUUCACACGUUGUAACUUUCAUACCUUUAGGAUGUAAUUUGUAGUAAUAACACCUAAAACCAAUGUAUUGAUUUUUUUUUUAUAUACUAAGCUUGUUAUUCUUAAGUGGAUUGUUGAAGAAUUGAUUUUAUCCCACUUCAGAAAGAAUUUUACCAAAUAUCUUAUCUUUAGAAUUUUGGAACGCUCAGUACAGGGAACAAAAAAGACAAGCUCAGCACUAUUUCAUACAUGUUACUAUUAGAGCAAACAAAUCAAGUAGCAAACAUCAUGCAUGUUUCCUCAGAGCCGUACUCUCGUCAUAAAAAAAAAACAGAAGUGUGAAAAAUGGAGACCUUAAAAACCAGCUUCUUAUUUUAUUUUUGGCUUUGAGCCACAAAGAACUAUAGUAUAAUUGUGUCCGUACUGUAUUAUUGUGUCAGUGUUGUCACAGCUGCUUGUCCCUAUAUUUCAAUGAUUUAUUAUCAGCAACAUGCAAAUAGCUAUGAAUUAUUAAUUUUUGUAUUUGCUGUAUGCAUUCAUCUUGAACGUUUCUUGAACUGUCUUCUCUUGUGUGUCUUCACAGCUAAGACUUUCACACCUCUUUUUAUAUUCUGCACCUCAGCAGUUUACUGACUUGUUUUUGAGCUUAAACUUUCAUAAUGCUACAAAAACAUGUGGUUUACAAAACAUUUACGCACAUUCAACAGAUAGUUACUCAGCCAUACAAAGUGGUUUAUUACUUUUUCUCCUUUUUGGUGCAUUUUACUCGAGCUUGACUCAAACUGUGUUUGAGGCUAAAGGACAAUAACGUCCAACACCACCAGUAAUCUUUGGGAGGUCACAUCAUUCAGAGCAUUAGCCGCUAGCUGGGCAAACUAACCGCAUGCCAAAAGACAUGCACAUUUCUAAAGAGCCCCAUCCUCAUCACAAAAACAGAAGUGUGAAAACCAGAGACUACAAACAUCAGCAUUUCAUUUCAGUUUUCACUUUGAACCCCAAAGGACAAGACGGUUACAAUAUUUUGUCGGCUCUGUAGUGUUUGAUGCUAAAUAUCAACAAUGUCAAACGUCACUCAUGGUCAUUCUGAAGAAGUAAUGCCCAGCACACCUGAAUAUGAUUAUUCUGAAUUUAAAUUUAUUGCACCAUGUGAAUACGGACCCCAUGCAAGCCGGUUCCUCCCAGUGCUCUACUCUCUGUUCUUCGUGGUGGGCUUCCUGGGCAACAUGCUGGUGCUGUGGGUAAUUCUGAGAGGUGCUCAGAUAAAAAGCAUGACUGAUGUGUCUCUCCUGAACCUGGCCAUCGCUGACCUUCUACUAAUCUUCACUCUCCCGUUCCUGGCUCACUAUGCCAGAGAUACCUGGGUAUUCGGGAACGUCAUGUGCACUCUGGUCCUCAGUGUGUACUACAUUGGAUUUUAUGCUGGUAUUUUUUUCAUUGUGCUGAUGAGCAUCGACAGAUACUUGGCUAUCGUUCAUUCUGUGUUUGCCUUGAGAAUCCGAACAAAGGCUUUUGGGAUUUUAGCAAGCAUGGUUGUCUGGAUGCUAGCUGUUGCAGCAUCAUUUCCUGAGCUACUGUAUCUUGGAGUUGAACCAUUUGGAAAAGAAAUAGUUUGCAGCGCUUAUCCAAAAACUAAAGAAAGUCACAAUGAGGUAAGAAGUGCAGCGUUCAUUAAAAUGAAUAUUUUGGGCAUGCUGAUCCCACUGAGUAUUGUGGGAUUUUGCUAUUCAAUGGUCCUACGUAGGCUUCAAAUGCUGCGUAAUUCCAAGAAACUGGCCAUUCGUCUUGUUGUUGUGGUCAUGGUGGUGUUUUUCUGCUGUUGGAUACCGUACAACAUUGCAGCACUCCUCAAAGCACUGGAACUGAAGCACAUCCUGACUCCAGAGUGUGAGAUGAGCAAAAUGAUCCAGCUGAUGCUGCAAGCCACUGAAGCCGUUGCGUACUCGCACAGCUGCCUCAAUCCGUUCCUGUAUGUGUUUGUGGGUCAAAAAUUUGCAAAGCAUCUAACUAGGCUUUUGCGCCAGACCUCAUGCUUCCAAGUACAGUGUUUAAAGCGCUACAUGACACAGGCCACAGGUUCAGUUUACUCACAAACCACAAGUGUGGACGACCGCUCCACUCAUUUGUGAAUAAACAUUA